AAUCUCACCGAGGAGGGCGCGCACUUGAUGGGCUUGUUUCCCCCACAUGAGCGAUAGUUGGAGAUGUUUCCGAGCCCCAGCACGUCCACUCCCUUCUCCGUCAAAGACAUCUUAAACCUGGAGCAGGGUCAGGACCUGGUGCUGUCCCAUCUGGACCUGAGCCCCAGGGCACCGGCCUCCUCCUGCAUGCUGGCCCGACUAAAGCAGGAGCCGCUGAAGGACAUGACGACGGCCGCCUCGCUGUUUGGAGAAGACCCGUCGGAAGCCAACAGAACCGGCAGAGGAGCCACUUUCAACUUUCCUGGGAGUUUUUACGGGAAACCCCUGGUGGAGAUGGAUCUGGUCAAGUUCGGGAAACAGGACGGGUUCGAGGAGAAGCUCGGAAGAGAGGAGCACAGUUCGCCCCUGGAGCCUUCAGAGGAGACCAAGGAGGAACCGGAGCGACCCAAGAGUCGCCGGCGGCGGAAGCCGCGCGUGCUCUUCUCCCAGGCGCAGGUGUACGAGCUGGAGCGCCGCUUCAAGCAGCAGCGCUACCUGUCCGCCCCGGAGAGAGACCACCUGGCCGGGCUGCUCAAACUGACCCCCACCCAGGUCAAGAUCUGGUUCCAGAACCGGAGGUACAAAUGUAAGCGGCAGCGGCAGGACCAGAGUCUGGAGAUGGUGUCCCUGCCUCCGGCCCGGAGGGUGUCGGUGCCGGUGCUGGUCCGCGACGGGAAGCCGUGUCUCUCCGGGGAGCCGGGCGGCUACAACCCGCCCUACGGUCACAUCAACCACUUCACCUACAACAACUACCCGCCCUUCAACAACUACCCCGCCGCGGCCUGCAACACGAACUACGCUUGUAGCUACCCGGCGGGCUCCGUGCAGAACCUGCAGGGCUCCGGCGGGGGAACCUACGUCCAGAACUCUUUCACCUCCGGCGGCAGCGUGGCCUCGUUACACGGCAUCAGGACUUGGUAA